AAACACUUCAACUCUAAAGCUCGCGACUCUGUUCGGUUCGUUUAGUUUAGCUUAGUUCAGAGUCAUAGCGCAAGUCAUCGUCUUGUCCGUGUAAAUACUUGGUGCCUAAGUAAAGUUGAUGUUAACUGUGAACUUGAAUUGUCAGUUUGAAGUUAAGACCUGAGAAUAAACGUAGUAUCAACGAGUACUGCCAUUUGCUAUUGUUAAAAAUUCUAAGCUCUUUUAAGUACCUUUUGCUGCUGUCGUUUGCCGUUCGCAUAGAAAACGAAAGUGUUUUUUUUUUGUUCCUCAGUCAAACAUAGAUUGUUGAACGAAGAACUUGUGUGUGCUAAGAAAUCAACAAAAUAAAAAAAAAACUUUCUGAUCUUGUUGUUGUCUUUUACAACGAAACGGAAAAGUUUUAUUGAGGGCACUUGUGUUGGAGGUGAAAAUAUGUUCUCGAUUCUCAAGCUAGCAAUUGUGUUGCUGUGUGUUGGUGUCUUGAGCACGGCAAGCAUUUCCGCUGAAGAGAAUACAAAUGGCAAGAGUGAACCAAUUCAAAAGGAUUUAGCCACAUCGGCCACUUCGGCAAAGUUAUUCAAUUUGGGCAGCUUAUUUGGUCAAAAUCCCGGCUAUGGUUACGGUAAUGGCUAUGGCAACAACUACUACCCAAGCACCUACAGGCCAACCACAUAUUAUCCUUAUAAAACCAAUUACUACCCAACCAACGCAUACCCGAGCAACUACUAUCCCAGCAAUAGCGGCUGGAGUGGCAGUAAUUACCCCAACUAUGCCAGCAGUAGUGGGUAUUAUCCAAGCGCUGGCGGCUAUGGCUAUAAUUACGGCAGCACCGGCACUGGCUACUACCCCGGCACGAGCACUGGCACCAACAUACUAGGUGGCAAUGGCGGUUAUGGCGGCUAUGGAGGUAAUGGCGGCUUGCCUCAAUACUAUGGUUAUUGGAAUCCCGAAUAUUCGGGUCAACGCAAUCGUGGUUACGGUUAUUAUGCCAACACCGAUCGUUAUGGCUUGCCACGCUAUGAUGGGGGCUACAAUGAUCGCCCGUAUGAUGGGCGUGGUGGGUAUGGCACUUAUCGUGGCUACGAUUGAUGUUGACCACUUUGGCUAUGGCUCUUUAAAUGUUUUUUAUGUACAAUAUUUGUUGCUUUAUAGCUGCAGUUGCAGGUUUGUUUUGCUAUCGAAUAACUUAAAUAAAUGUGUUUUAUUUGUAAAUAUUUAU